UCACCAGGUUGGCCAGGCUGGUCUCGAACUCCUGACCUCAGGUGAUCCGCCCGCCUCGGCCUCCCGAAGCGCUGGGAUGAGGGGUGUGAGCCAUGGAGCCCGGCCUUCCCUGAGCUGUGGGACUCAUGCCGGACUCUGCCCCGCCCCCUCCGUCCCCCCAGGACACGCUCACGGAGAUCUCAGAGUGGCUGGAGCAGCACCCUCAUGAGGUCGUCAUCCUGGCCUGCAGGAACUUCGAGGGGCUGACCGAGGACCUGCACGAGUACCUGAUCUCCUGCAUCAAGACCAUCUUUGGGGACAUGCUGUGUCCCCGCGGGGAGGUGCCGACGCUGAGGCAGCUGUGGGCACGGGGCCAGCAGGUCAUCAUGUCCUAUGAGGACGAGUGCUUCCUGGCCCGGCACCGGGAGCUGUGGCCGGGAAUUCCCUACUGGUGGGGGAACAAGGUGAAGACGGACGCCCUCAUCCGAUACCUGGAGACCAUGAAGAGCUGCGGCCGCCCAGGAGGGCUGUUUGUGGCCGGCAUCAACCUCACUGAGAACCUCCAGUACAUCCUGGCGCACCCGUCGGAGUCCCUGGAGAAGAUGACGCUGCCCAACCUGCCCCGCCUGCGGGCGUGGGUCCGGGAGCAGUGCCCGGGGCCGGGGUCCCGCUGUACCAACGUCAUCGCGGGCGACUUCGUCAGCGAGGACAGCUUCGUCAGCGACGUGAUCGCUCUCAACCAGAAGCUGCUGUGGUGCUGACGGGGACCUUUCUGAAGUCCGGGACACGGCGGCUGCAGGUUCACCCCCGACGUCCCAAGUAUUGUGCCUUACAUGUGGGUCAGAUAUUGGUGAUCGGGG